UUAAUACACAUAAAGUGUGCCUCUGUUUUGCAAGAGACAGACACAGUGAAGAGCUGCACUAAAAGAAAAGUGUUUUCACAGCUGUCCGGACUGUCUCCAAAUCUCCAAACAAACGUGUCUCUUGGAUGGCCAUGGACCAGCAAACAUCAACAGAAAAUGUGGAGAACACGUCAUCAUACGAGGACUCACACACAGGGCUUGUAGGGGAUGAGAUUUGCAGCCAUGCUGACUCUGAAACGGAGACGGUCAUGGAGGACUUGGGGCAGCUUUUCGACCACUGCAUCCAGCAAGUGUCCCACAUGGAGGUGCAGCGGAACGAGCUGAUACAGGAGCUGCUCCGGCUGCAGGAGCCCAUGCUGCGAGUGGUGGGGCGUUUGAGAGAGAAGCUGGUGGAGACGCAGAGGAUGCUCACCCUGGCUCAGCUGGAUUAUGUGGCUGUUUAUGAGGAGGUGACUGAGGUGAAGAGGAAACUUUUUGUCACAGCCAGAGACUGCAUCCAGAGCCAGGUGACGCUGGCUGAACAACAGUACCAGGUGGCUCAGUCUGCUGUCACACAGGUAGGAACAAAGGGAGGAUGCAGGUUAUUGCAGGACGAGCUCAAGGCCCACAUCCAGAGUCUGACCCAGGAGUUGUCCCAGCUGCAGGAGGCCCAGCAGAACCAGCUGAACACCCUGAGGGACCAGGCCUCCAGGCCCCGCAGGCCCAGGGCCAUGAGCGACGCCAGCCAGUGCCGGCAGGCUUCUGUCCAGCUGCAGCGGCGGCUCAGCGGCAGCAUGAGGACGCUGGAGGGCUGGUACGAGCCCCGGCUCACAGCCCUGCUCAAGAGAAGGCAGUUUGGGGAGGAGGCCUUGAGAAGGAGCAGGGAGCAGGCUACGGAUCUGAGGGCCAGCCUGGGGCCCCUGAGAGACGACAUACAGAGACUUGAGAUGCAGAGAGCCGGUCUGAUGCAGAGGGUCACUCUGAUGGAGCAGGAUAGGGAGGAGAGUGUCACACAACACAAGGAGACUGUGGAAAAACUACAAGAGACUCUGAGAGAACUACAAAUGGAGGUUGAGGUUCAAAGAAAAUCUAAGAAAAAUGUGGAGGAUCAUAAUGAUGGCCUUUCAAAAGAACUGAUAUUCCUGAGAGGGUGUGAUGAACCCAAUGAAAUUGCUGCAAAGGAGGCUCCCUAAAUUCCUUUUUCCAGGAGAUAUUCUUAAAAUGAUUGUGUACACCAUUCCACACUACAAGAUAGCAUUUUAUUUAAUAUGAAAUAUAUAUAUAAAUAACUAUUAUGCAGCAUAAUUCCACCUUGGAAGCCUAUAUUUGUUUCUACAGACUUAGAAUUACCUACCUACCAUCUGGCAUAGUGUGCCAAGAAACAAAGCAAACUGAUUUCAUGUAAAUAUUUUAUUAUGAAUAUACUAGUACACAAGAGAUCAGAUGCAACACAGAAAAACAAAAACAAAGAAAUAAACAAGUUACACACACAAUCUGGAAAAUUAAUUCUAUGUAUACCAAGCUAAUACAAGUAAAACCUAUAGUAUGUACAAUUUUAAUUAACAAUGGAUCUUCGUAGAAUCUUUUUUCAGCACAACGAAUCCGGAUGAAAGAAAGGAAACCAUCGAAAAGCAAACCUGAAUGUUGAACACAGGUGUGAUGGUGUCAUCGCGAGCCAAAAGUGAAGCACCGGGACAUUGAAAAACAAAAAAUCUGACAAAUACAGACUUACUUUACAUACCUCAAGAAGAGAUGACAAUGCACUUUAAACAUUUUUCAAAAACACAGCUCCCAAGAAAAAGGAUUUUGAGAAAAAUGCAUAUGCACCCAGCACUGGAAAAUAGAUGCAAAAAGCAGGUGAAAUGAAGAGGUGUGGAGAGAAUCACGCCUGGACUUCUGAUUCUGCGGCGCCUUCUGGGUCCUCAUCGUUGUAGAUAUUUUCAGCCUGUCGAAGAAAGUGUAUUCACUGUAACUGGUAUUCAAUGUUAAUAAAUUCCCUUCAGAAUAAUGUC